UGUUCACUCAUUUACCACUGUGACACGAGCCCGGUUCCGAAGCCAAUAAACCUGUUUUACGAUUUUGCGUUUGAUUUUGAACACCCCCGGUACUGCUACUACUGCUGAAGUAGUCAUUAUUACCUCAGUGCAGUAUUUACAUAGGCUAGUCCGCACUCUUCUAAAACCGAAUUUGCUUCUCACACUUGUUACUCCCGAACUCGUUGAAGAAUGAGAACCAAAUCUAUAGUUGCAGCGGGUUUCUUCCUGCUGCUGUUGAUCCUUACGGCGUCGCAUGGCUUCCAAUCUGACGAACUUGUGGUGGACGAUGAAGAGUUUGGUCUGGAAGGUGGAAUCCGAUCCCAAUCCCGUUCCUCCAAUCCGAAUAACGUCAAACCUUCUUCCGUUCAGUCGACCCGGAAGAGAUCCGUACCCGAUUCAGAUUCAAAGAUCCAAUUCACUCUUGAACAUGCUUUCGGUGAUUCCGACUUCUCCCCUGCCGGCACCUUCACUGCUCGCCUCAAAUCUUCUUCCCAUGGCUCCCAGACGCAAACACUGACAAAGCUUCGCUUCUCCAGAAAUGCUUUUACUGGAACAGAGAAGGAGGAUUUCAAAAAACUCUUGAAAGGUGAUGACUUUUACAGAAUAAGAGUACCAUCCAAUGUAUUGAACCUUCCUGGCAGAGAAUACGUUGUUUCCUCGGUGAAAGCAAGGUGUCUUCCUCGGGAUGGUUUGGAGGAGCACUUUGUCAUACAUAUGGACGGUGUGAAUAUUUUGGCUGUUAAUUAUGGUUCCCCUGGUGCAUGCCAGUACCCUCGUCAAUUGAAGUUUCCUGCGAAAUGGUCCUUUAACUCGCAUACAGUCCUAAAACCUACUGAGCAGGCACCCAGAACACCUGUAUUUUCAGAAGCUGUUAUUGGUGGAGAGAAUGUAGAGGGCGAAGAAGUGCAGCCUCCAGAGAGAUCUUUCUGGGCUAAAUAUUGGAUGUAUUUGAUCCCUCUCGGACUCAUUGUUAUGAACGCCAUGACCCAAGCUAUGAAUAUGGCUGAAGAACAGACUAGUGGACAAGCAGGGGCUCAAGGACAACAAGCAAUUGGUGCUCAACGUGCUCAAAGUACUGUGGUACGAAAAAGAUGAUGGUGAGUAAGUUGAAGCAUCUUGCAGAUCACCUGGAUUUUCAAUCUUCAAGAUGGUAAUAUUGCGGAACCAGCCCCGGUGGUUCUGAUUGAAUAUCGACCUUGGAGAUGCUUUUGUGGUGGGAACAAUUAACCUCUGCAAUGAUUUGUGGGUAGUAAGGGCAUCGUGAGUCAUCAGUAUUUUUUGAUUGACAUAAUCUAAGAAAGUGGUCGAUGUGCAUUUUCUUCCACACUACUUUUAUGGAAGAUAUUGUAGGUUUUGCUUGUUACAUUUGUAUCCAUCUUUGAGUGUCUUUGAACAACUACUAUGAGGGAUACUUUAAUAGGAUGAUGGUAGAUGUAAAAGAUAGGUCUAUAACCUUGAUUUUCAAUAGUAACGUACUAAUUUAUUUGAAGUUAGUAUGUUUCCACUUGAA